AUGCCUGAUGGAGAAUUCUCCCACCUUGAUGUUUGGACACCUGCUGAGGCGAACAAAUGGGUCUGCAACCUUUGUCAGGACAAUAAGCCCCAUGAUCGGCGAGCAGUGCAGAAGCAUGAGAGGACCUGGUCACAUCAAGAUGCAGUCAAAUAUCAUUCGAGAAGGCAGCAGCAUCACGGGAAUGGUUCUAUGGUACCUGAAGCUCAAUCUAACUCCAUCGUCGAGCUACGUUGUCUUCUCGAUGACAUGGCUAGCACUCCCAAUUUUGAGCUGGGUGACUCAGCAGACAACAUUGGCGACUACUCAGUCACGAAGGCAACGAUCGUGCAAGGUUUAAGAGACUUUUUAGAUGAAGAUGACCUCUCAGAUGAUCAGGGAGCCGAAAUAUCAGAAGAUGAAGAAGUUUUUACGGGGCAGACAUGGCACGAUGAUGACAACCAGGCUGGUGAUGCCGCUAUUGGAACUGGCAGUGAUAGAAAGCGUUCUCGAAAUCAAAUCGUGAAUGAGGAAUGGUUUCCGUGGCCCGAUAAGAUUGUAAGGUCGUCUAUCAACCUGCCAACUGUUGUUGAUCCAGUGGUGUUCUAUCAGACGUGCACACUUGAUAUUCUCAUGCACCUUCCACGCUCUGUUUUUUCAGAACGACAGAUUGAUAUUUUACUCUGGCUACUUCGGGUCAACAAUGUAGUCGAUGUACCUUCGGUGAAGUCUGUCAAACUCAUCAAAGACACUAUUCAACGAUUAUGCGGUAUCCGUUCAAUCCCUUAUGAAGGUGCUCUUGGCCAUAGGUACUAUGUUAACUCGCUGCCUGACAUUAUUCGGCAGUUGUGUUUGAAGGAAAUGAUGAAUCCUCGUGUUCGGCCACUGUUACACUUCUACCCUGAAGAUACCGGUGUGGAACUGAAUGAAGCUCGACAAGCUAAAUGUUGGCUUGAGGAACUUGACCCGGAGCUGCUUACGCCUGUCGUCAGACUGCACAACCAAGAUUUCUUUGUUUUCGAGCCUGCAUUACUAUCGAGCGGCCAAGCCUGCAUUCCAUUUCGGUGGUUCAUACGUGGCGGGAAGAUGUACACUAAAGCUUGGUCAUUGCGGCCUGUCACUCGUGAACUGGAUUGCGGUUGGGUUGUAGAAGAUUUUCAUUCAUUUGAAGUAUCAGAAGAUGAUCUUCUUGUAUCAUUCCGAAACUGGGAUUCGAGCGAAGCCACAUCCGGUCUACCUCAUGCAUACUCGAUAUAUGGUGUAGAACGUGAACUUAAUGGCAAAUUGCAGCCAUGGACAUUAACCAAUCCUUCUGAAGGCAAUCAAUGGCGUGUUCGGGCAUCAGGUGCUCGCGUAUAUGCAAUGCCUCUCUGGUUAUACUGCGACGACACAUCUGGAAACUUAUCGAAGAAGUGGAACAAACAUAAUUCAUUUCUUUUUACAGCUGCAGGAUUGCCACGAGCAGAAGUCCACCGAGAGUACAACGUCCAUUUUCUUUGUACAUCGAAUCUUGCCCCUCCACUUGAAAUGUUGGAUGGUAUUGUAGACCAACUUGAGCAAGUGGAAAUAACGAUGCUGGUAAAAUUUAGGGAAUCAUGGAAGCAAGGCAUCUGGGCCUGGGACUGUGUCCACGAGGAGUAUGUUCUUGUCAUCCCGUCCAUCUUGGCCUUGCUCGGGGACAACCCCAUGCAAAGUGAGAUGGCCUGUCAUAUCGGGUCAAUGGGAAAAUAUUUUUGCCGUAUCUGUAAAGUGAAGGGGCACGAUGCAAGUGUGGAGAGCAAUCCUGCACGAGCAGCUGCUGCACGACCUGAAGAUACCGACCAUAGUGUUGGUGAGGUUAGUGGAAGUGAAUCCGAAGCCUAUACUACCGAUGCUCCUCCAAAAUCUACACGGAAACGAGCAAAGGAGACCAUGGAGGAGAUGGCGACACGGGUUAAGCAGUUUGUAAAGAUAGGAGAACCACGUCACAAGGAUGAAACUAUCGCUGAACUCAAGUCAAUGUUCAUUCAUGCGUCAACAGUCGGGAAUCAGACCCAGAUCAAACAAAGGAAGACUUCUACGGGCAUCAAGGACACCUUUCUGGACUCAUUCUUGAAUCGCCUAGCUGAAUCAUACUGCAAAAUCCGGGGUGGCAAUAAGGCAAAACAGGAAGCGCUUGAUAGAGUUAAAGAGACACUGCCCGAAAAUGUCAUAAGUCCUGUGUGGCGAAUCAAAGGUAUCGAUCCUCACACCGACACACCUGUGGAAAUCCUCCACACAGUCCUUCUUGGAUUUGUCAAAUACCUUUGGCGCGACGUUGUCUCUGUGAGAAUCGGAAAAGACAAAUUGAAGCGGGAACUUUUAGAAACUCGCCUAUCAUCUGUUGACGUCUCAGGUCUUGGACUCAGCCAUCUCGCUGGUCACACCCUCGUUCAAUAUGCAGGGUCUCUUGUUGGUCGUGAUUUUCGUGCUAUCACACAAGUUGCACCAUUCGUGCUUCAUGACUUGGUACCCACAGAAUGCUAUGAUACUUGGGUUGCGUUAUCAAACCUAAUACCACUCAUCUGGCAGCCUGAAAUCGAAAACUCCAUGGAACAUUUACGCAAUCUUACAACAUCGAUCAAUAACUUUCUUGCGUGCACCGCCAGGUGGACUCCCCGAUGGUUCAAUAAGCCUAAAUUUCAUGUUCUAUUACAUGUCGUUGACCACAUUCGACGAUUUGGGCCAGCUGCUUUGUUUGCGACAGAGGCAUUUGAGUCCUUCAAUGCUGUCAUUCGUGCGAAAAGUAUUCAUUCAAACCACCGCGCUCCUUCUCGGGAUAUCGCACGUUCUUUCGCCCAUGGAAGUCGGAUUCGUCAUAUUCUCUCGGGGGCACGAAUACUCAUGCAUGAUAAUAAUACAAAUGACAUUCACUCUGAUUCUCCCGAACUUAUCCAAGCCUCUAAUCCCUCAUCAGACAAGCCGCCAGAUGCCAUAAACGUCAAAGUUGUUGGAAAGGGUCCAUUGUCACUUGUUCAACGGCCAAAUAUUAUUACUGACUACCUUGGACUCGACACGCAUGCUGACACUAAAAAAUACGGUCAAUGCCUUCGUAACAACCUGCCGCUCCAACCUUACUUGACUACCGAGACGGGGAAAUACUUUCCGAAUGCACUUCGAUCGCUUCCAAACGACACUCUCAAAGGACAUAAUUUCCGUACUUGCAAGUCCAUGGUGCUUUUCAAUGGGGAUGUUUGUAAGAUAGGAGAUUGGGUUCUCGUAGCGGAUGGCACAGCAGAGCAGUCUCCAAUUGUAGCGUGUAUUCGAGAAAUUAUUCAGCGCCAAGGCUCGGAUGCAGAUAACCUUCUGCGUCCAGAUGCAAUUCUUCUGGAACGCGGAAGUGUUGGUGAACCGGCAGCAUCCUACUCUAUGCCCACAGUCAGGGCACAUGGUGGUUUUUUGCUCUAUCCUGUCGAGCAUCAAUGCCGAGUACACAAAUGCACGAGCUUGGCUUCCGAUGUUGAAUUUGUUUACGAAGAACGGGCGAAGACAUCAAAAGCUAAGGCUGUGAUACAUCACAUUGGGGACCCUGAUGACCUUGUUCUCAACACCGCACGGAUGCGAGACGCAAAGCACAUGCAGGGCCUUCGGGUACCUAUUCAGCCGCAAGAUAUGAACCUCGCAAUCCUCGAGGGUGCUGCGAGGGAGAUUCGGACACGCAAUGACACCACUGGUGGAGCUUCCACGACAUCUAUUAUAGCGGCAGCACAUGGACCACGUGCUCAAGGCCGACAAGUUAAUAGAUCACUACAGCAACACCGGCCAUCCUUGCUGCAGCGCCGACUACCACCAAACACUCUUAUUACGACAACAAAACUGAAAUUAUACCUUGAGGCCAUCCUUGCUGCAGUGCCGACUACCACCAAACAUCCUUAUUAUGACAACAAAACCGAAAUUAUACCUUGAGGCCAUCCUUGCUGCAGCGCCGACUACCACCAAACAUGAUCCUUAUUACAACAAUUAAACCGAAAAUAUGCCUUGAGGCCAUCAUUAAUACCGCAUGGAACCCACUAAUGUAAGCUGAGUUUUUAUAUAAAUGUGUCGAUGAGCAUCUGAUUUUAUUAGUAGAGCACUUUCCAGCGACUCGCCUUCGAGUCAGU